AUGUCUGAGUGUAAGAGAGGAGAAAAUGUAGUUAUUUGUAAUGUUGUUUUGGACUCAUCACCAAGUUUGAGUAGUAUCAUUGAUGCAUGUAGAUUUAGUUCAUUUGAAAAGUUAAUUAUUAGUACUGGAUAUGUAUUUCAAUUUAUCAACAAUUUGUUAAAAACAAUUAAAAAGCUACCAUUAAACAAACAAGUUACUUUGACGACAGAUGAGUACAAAUUUGCACUCAAUGAAUGGAUUAGAGAUGAGCAAAGAGUUUUACAAAAGUACAAAAGUUUUGAUAAACUGAAAAACUCUUUAAAGUUAUUUGAUGGUGAAGACAAACUAAUACGAUUACGAGGAAGAUUUGAAAAUGCUAAUUUAAACUUUGCAGAAAAACAUCCUUUAAUAUUACGUGGAAAAGAAAGUUGGUUUACAAUAUUACUGAUUCGUAUCUGUCAUGAACAAGUUUUGCAUCAUGGAAUCGAAUCGACGUUGAAUAAAGUACGAUCUCAAUUCUGGAUAAGAAAAGGACGAUCAACGAUAAAAAGUAUUAUUAGACAAUGUGUAUUAUGCAAGAAGUUCCAAGGAAGAACAUUGUUACCACCUAGCGGCCCAGAUUUACCUGAUUUUCGAGUUAAUAAUUUAUAUUCCUUUCAAACAACUGGUUUAGAUUAUGCAGGACAUUUAUUUGUCAAAACAGUUAAUAAGCAUGCUGCCUGUAAGAUCUAUGUUUUACUAUUGACUUGCGCGUCUAGUCGAGCAAUCCAUCUUGAACUGACACCUGACAUUAAAAUUCCGGCCUUCAUAAGAGCUUUUAAGCGUUUUGCAGCACGAAAAGGUUUUCCUGAUCUUAUUAUUUCCGAUAAUUUUUAG